GCAUACACAUUAUUUUGUGUAAAUGAUUGUAUGUACUCAUUAUUGUAGCUGCAUGUAAUUAUUUAUAAUAAAAUACAGUAUGUGAAUAAAAGUACAUAAAAGUAUGUGUUGCAUAGACACCGUAAUGUGUAAAAUUUUUACAGUGCAUAAUGACACCUUAAAAGGAACAUAGCAAACAGUAUUUCUGUGAGGAGAAUUGCGUUUUCUGGAAAAACAGCUCAAAACAAUCUAAUCAGAUCACUUAUUUUAAAGUCAUACAAUCACUAUAAACUCAAAGAGGCAUAAUAUACUCAUAUUCGGACACACGAACAUACAGCAGCAAACAUGCAAACACACACACACACACACACACACACACACACUCACAAACAUUUAUUUCUGAGAAAUGCAACAGAUUUUAAGUGGGACUGUACUAUACGAUUCUAACUACAUACAUUUGUUCAUCAAAUGUGAUUUUGCAUGCCAUUUGCUAGUAAUAAUAAUCAUGAUAGUGAAAAUAAUAAAUAUUACAAUAAAAUACAAAUUUAUAAAUGUUACAAAGAUGAUUACUGUUAAAAAAAAUGUUUUAAAGUUGUUGUUUUUUUUUGUCUCAUAAAGGCUACUAUAAAUAAACUUUAAUUCCGAUAGUGCGGCAUCUCUCUAAAGAAUGUUUAUUUUAUUAUUACAAGCUAAUUAUCAUAGUAGCCACCGUUGUCUUGCACUCAAACAGAGGGAGAUACGUUUCUGCACACACUAGUCACGGAAAAUCGCAGCAUUUUCAACCCAGGAAUAUUCCUGCCCGGUAGCGGGAGAAAUCUCGGCUUGUUUGAGCCCGAUUAGUUUCUGAUGUGAGAUUGGUGACGUAAGAGCCAUCAACACCGACAGGCUGAUCGAGGUAGUCGCGAGGAUGGAUAGAUGGACAGAUGUUGGGGCGGAACUUGGACAUAUUUCCACAUUAUUAGCCCCUACCGACAGGCGUACAGCAUAAAUGAUCAGUUAGAUAGCAACUGGCAAUAGCUCAAGGAUGCGCAGCGCAUUCAAAGGGUUUUCAACGAACAGGGGAGUGAGAGGACGGAAAGUUACAGUUGGAUGGGCUCUCCAUAACAGUGGAAGUUUCUUCCGUUUGAUACUGUUUGUUUGUUGAUGAACAUCUGCUACAAAGUGUUGCCAUACUCCGGAUGGCAGUACGGGCAACCUAAGGAAGCGUUUUUUGCACCGCUAGACUGGACGGGGAGAUAUAUCUUAGCUCUUGGCAAUCAUGCAAUGACUUACUAGACAUUUUUGGUCUGUAGAAAUCGAUAUCCUCUCAAGACCUAUUGACCCCUCUUAGACUUUGCAUCGUGACUUUUUAAAGAGGUGGGAUAAAUAAAAACAGACUCUGGUUGCUUUUGAUGAAAAGAGGAACGCUGUAUUACAUGCUUUGUAAUACAGUCUUUUUAUUUUUAUUUAUUCUUUCUUCCCGUCACUGGCAUUUUGAUUCUGUAUGAGAAGUCAAGUGGAGGGAGUGGGACAACAGCAUGCCGCGGAGAAAGCAAGAAGCGCCGAGGCGAUCUUCAGCCUAUAUGCCAGAGGAUGAGCUUAAGGCAGCUAAGAUCGAUGAGGAGCACCUGCAGGAUGACGGUCUUUCCUUAGAUGGUCAGGAUGCAGAGUACCUGUGCAAUGAAGAUGACGAUGGCCGCGAACAGCUGAGCUACCAGAACUCCCCACUCAGCAAUGGCACCAACCCAGACGCUGGGUAUGGCUCGCCCCUUAGCGAAACCAGCGAUCACCUGGCUGACUUUAAAAGCACCUCCUCCAAAGAGUGCCAGGAUAAAGAGGAGGUUGAAGACAUGGAGACAGAUGCAAGACUGUCCUUGCAGGACAGCCUGGCACAGAUGAAAGCCGUCUAUGCAAACCUGAUUUCAGAUGCUUCCUGGUCAAGUAUAACUAGAGACAUUAUGAAAAGCAAGCAGGUUAGUGCUAGCAGCACUACAAGCAGUACUCCAAGCAGCCACAAGGGGAACAAUAGCAUUGUAAACUGCCAUGCAAGUAAUGUUACUAGCAGUGGAGCCAGCAGCAGCAGCAAUGCUAGCGCUAGCACUAAGACAAAUGUGACAGCAAGCAGCAAUUCGACAAAAACCAUCACUUUAAACAAUGCUAACAAUGGAAAUAUGAAUGGUGCUAAUAGUGGGGGUGUUGCAUACGACUGGCACCAAGCAGCCCUUGCUAAAACCUUACAACAUACUCCCUACCACCUCAUGCCUGAACCGAGUCUCUUCAGCACAGUGCAGCUUUACCGGCAAAACAAUAAGCUGUAUGGGCCUGUGUUUACGGGUGCCAGCAAGUUCAGAUGUAAGGACUGUAGUGCAGCCUAUGACACACUAGUAGGUCUCACAGUGCACAUGAAUGAAACCGGCCAUUACCGUGAUGACAAUAAGGACAAGGAGGAGGACAGGGGCAAGAAAUGGUCCAAGCCACGGAAGCGAUCCUUGAUGGAGAUGGAGGGCAAAGAAGAUGCUCAGAAGGUCCUGAAAUGCAUGUAUUGUGGCCACUCAUUCGAAUCCCUGCAGGACUUGAGUGUCCACAUGAUCAAAACGAAACAUUACCAGAAAGUGCCUCUCAAAGAACCAAUGCCAGCUCUUGCCUCAAAGCUGGUGCCCUCCACCAAAAAGCGAGCAUUCCAUGAUCUGAUGUCUCCAUGCUCACCUGAGUCCAUCUCGAGCACUCCUGGUAUUCCAUUGGCAGAAACAACGGCCACCAAAGAUCCGAAGAUUUCCAACCCGUAUGUCACGGCUAAUAACCGUUAUGGUUACCAAAAUGGUGCAAGUUAUACUUGGCAGUUUGAGGCCCGAAAAGCUCAAAUUCUUAAGUGUAUGGAGUGUGGGAGUUCCCAUGACACCUUACAACAGUUGACGGCCCAUAUGAUGGUGACUGGACAUUUUCUCAAAGUCACAAACUCUGCCUCUAAAAAGGGAAAGCAGUUAGUGUUUGACCCUGUGGUAGAAGAGAAAAUCCAAUCCAUUCCUCUUCCACCCACUACAACACGUUUACCAGCUCCCACUAUCAAGUCCCAACCAGAUUCACCAAUACACCCCUGCACCAUGGAUGAAAGAAAGGAAAUAGAAGAGGAGAAAAUAGAGGAAAGUGAAGAGAAGAAAAUCAAACAAGAGAAGGAAGAUCCUUCUGAGAAGACAGAAAAGACGGACAAACCUACCCAUUACAAAUAUCUAAGAGAGGAGGAUCUUGAAGAGGCUCCUAAAGGUGGAAUAGAUAUUCUCAAGUCAUUAGAAAAUACAGUCUCCAGCGCAAUCAGUAAGGCUCAGACAGGUACACCAACUUGGGGUGGAUAUCCUAGCAUUCAUGCCGCCUACCAGCUCCAAGGGUCUGUGAAAUCUCUCCCUACCAUUCAGAGUGUCCAAGUCCAGCCAACAUUCAAUGCCAGCAGCAUGAAAUCUUUGACAUCUGACUCCAGUGCUUUGAUACAUUCUCCAAGCAGCCCAUCUCCACCUCCAAACCAUAAAAGCAAUGUUCUAGCCAUGGAGGAGCUGGUGGAGAAAGUAACAGGCAAAAUUUCUUCCAAGAGGGACAGGGAUGAGAAAUCCACUGAACGCAGUUCCAAACAUCUGAAUGUUGAAUUACCCUCUCCUGUCCUGAUAGACAGAAAAGACUUGCCAAGACCAGAUGAUCUUAGCAAGCCAACAAAGAAUGGCACAUUAGAUAAAGAGCAUGUUCCUCUUCGGGAAGGAGAAUAUAAGGAAAGCCAUGCAGAUAAUCAUGUAAAGAAUGGAACAGUUGCCCUCAAAACACCAGUCAGCAAUGGUUGUAGUAAUUUAGGAAUUAUCACUGACCAUUCACCAGAACAGCCUUUAGUCAACCCCCUCUGCGCAUUGCAGUCUAUCAUGAACACUCAUUUGGGUAAGGCUUCCAAAACAAUAAGUCCACUCCUGGACCCACUAGCAAUGCUGUACAAAAUCAGCAACAACAUGAUGGAGAAACCCAUGUACAGUCUAGCUCAGGUCAAGCAAGUUGAGUCCAUCCACAGAUAUUAUGACAAUGAUCAGCCCAUGGACUUGACCAAGUCUAAAAGUGGCAAUGGGCCCACCAAUAAUUGCUCAUCUACUGUUAUUAACAGUAACAGCAGCAUCACAAACAGUUCCCGGCCCAUCUUACCAACUUUGGCUGAAUCGGUCUCGUCUCCUCUUCGGGAGAACGCGUUAAUGGACAUCUCUGACAUGGUGAAGAACCUCACAGGUCGCCUGACGCCAAAGUCAUCAACACCUUCCUCCAUUUCCGAAAAGUCGGAUGCAGAUGGCUGUGCAUUUGAGGAUGGCUUGGAGGAUAUUUGCCCUGUUCAGAAGAGGAAAGGCAGGCAGUCAAACUGGAACCCUCAGCAUUUGCUCAUUCUCCAAGCUCAAUUUGCAUCCAGCCUCCGAGAAACCCCUGACGGAAAGUAUAUAAUAACAGACCUAGGUCCUCAGGAGCGUGUACAUAUUUGUAAGUUUACAGGCCUUUCCAUGACCACCAUCUCACACUGGUUGGCAAAUGUCAAGUACCAGCUCAGGCGGACAGGUGGGACCAAGUUUCUGAAGAACAUGGACUUGGGCCAGCCACUGUUCCUGUGUAGUGACUGUGCCUCCCAGUUCAGAACUCCCUGCACAUACAUAAACCACUUAGAAUCCCACUUGGGCUUUAGCCUGAAAGACCUGUCAAAGUUAUCAAUAGACCUCAUAAGAGAUCAGCAAGCAGUCACAAAAAUGAUCACGGACAAGACAUUCAGUGCCCUUGGCUUGACUGAGGAGGACUCUAAUUCCAUAUUUCAGUGCAAACUGUGCAAUAGGACUUUUGUCAGCAAGCACGCAGUGAAACUCCACCUCAGCAAAACGCAUGGAAAGUCACCAGAGGACCACCUGAUCUUUGUUACUGAGCUGGAAAAGUUAGAAAAGGCCUAAAGAAAGCAAGCUGGUGGCAGUGAAGUGACUGGAUUGAGAAUCGUUGCACUACAUCACUGUACUGCACUGCGCCUGAACUGAGCCUUCAAAUUCAGUCCAACUUAUGUUGUGAAACUGCCUGACUGGACCAUGAUCUGUUUCGAUCUGUUUCGAUUUUUUCCCCCUUGUUUUUCAGUCUCUUGAUUUCUAUCUCUUGCUUUGUAAUGUAUUUAUCUGAUAUGUGUCGGUUAUGUGCAUGUUUCUUUUUUUUUCUUCUUUUGAGUAAAUUUAUAUUCAAACAGAAUUUACAGUUUGUACUCUGUUGAAUUAGGAAUGAAACAAACAUGGUAUCCAUGGGCAUGGUCUAAAACAAAAUGACUAAAGAACUUCUGAUUAGAAUGCAUUGCGUUCUGAACACUUACUAUUCAUCAAAAUAUACUGACGUCAUUAAAGCACUCUGUAGUGUUGAAUGUUGUACAAAAUGAGACAGACCUAUUUUGUUAAUUUGAGCUCAGAAUUUCAGAAAUUGGCUUGAAAUAACUCCAAACUCUUGUGAAGUGAAAACAAUGCAUCGUAAAUUUCAUUGAGUCUUCUAAACCUCAAGGGUCAUUCAAUAUCUGAAAUAGGCAGCUGCCUAUGAUUAUACACUUUGUUUUCUCAAAUGCAUUUCUUUAAGUUUUUAAUAAUCAUUGUUUUUUGUUGUUAAGUAUAAUUUUAUACAGUAGCAAUUUGAAAUGUAUGCUUUGGUACCACUAUUUCUCUUUCUACGGUUUUGCUUCAGUAUCAACAUGUAAAGACUUGAUUGAAAUCUUAUAUACAGCACAUGUAUUUAAACGAUCAACAAAGAUGUGUAAAUUUUCAUCAUCAUAUCUUGCCAAUUGCCACAGCUCAACAUUGUUUGUAUGGUGUGCAUUCUUUUAUAUUGUCAUUUUAUAUAUAGUAAACAAAAAGGAAAUAAUAUGUACAGAGAUGUAUAUGCAGUAUAUGUGCUGUAGAACCACAGUUCAUCCUUUAGUCUCCAUGAACCAAGUUUUCUGAUGUGGUAAAUAUUAAUUGACUGAAGGAGUUGCAUCUCUGUUGAUGCAUGGUGUGUGAGGGAGAAUCAAGCAACGCAAAACAUGAAAUGCAGUACAUUGCAAUGUUUUAUCAUGCCAUUCUGAAAAGUCCCAACAAUUCCCUAAUUAAAAAAAAAAAGAAAAAAUGUUUUUGUCCGUUAAUUGUAAAAUAAAACCUAAAGCAUUUUUUGAUUAAUGCUGU